GGGAUCGAGAAUAUUUCCCUUGCUAUAUUUAGACACAUUUCCGAUUUACUUUCGCUGAAAAUCACUUUGAUCCUUUAUUGUUCGUUUAUCUGAUAUAUAUGUAUAUACUCAAGCAUCGCUCCUUGGAUGAACGUUGACUGCGGUGGAAACUAAGGACUUAAAACUGAAAAACGGGAAGAGCUGCUGCCUGCUGCCUGCCCCCUUGAUAGCCGCCGAGGUUGGUGAUUUGGUAUUGUUGUUGUUUUUCUGGGUUUGAUGUCUGUUUUUAUUUGGACAGCUAAGUGUUGGUUGACUUUUAGCUUAGUAGUUGUUGUGUGGUGUGUUCUUGUUAUUAAUUGGUUUUAUUUAAUUAAUUAAUAAUAACUUUAAACAGCUGCCUUCUCGACCAGCUUGAACCAGUGGCCGCACUCACAACGCUUCUGGUUGCCCUUCUGCAGCCACAUCCAUUGCACGUAGGUCUGAUCCUCUUCGCCUGCAAAAUGAAGUGUGUUAGUAUGGCGCUCCUUUCCAUGGGCUUGUGUUUACUCACAGAUGCAGCCAACGAUUCUGGCAUCGAAGGCCGAUGGAAUCAAGUUGGGGUUCUCCUUGGUGCCAGCACCGCGCUUGAACACCUUCAUGUCGAAGGGAUUCUCAUUGCCGGCGGCUUUGGCGAGCAGCUCACGCUUCUCGAUACCCGUGGCAUGCUCCAUGGGGUCGUUCAUCACUGCAAAUGGAAAUACAACAGCAAAUUAGCUUGUGAUUGUGUCCUCGAUUGAUAAGCAACUGCCACUCGGAUCAGCUGUGCAGCAGCAGCAGCGAUCCCCGGAGUUACAUAAACGGCAAACGCCCGCAACGAACCUCUGCGGCUCUGUGUCAUCGUCUAACUAUUCGAAGUCAUUAGCCGCCCCUGAUAGAGUCCAGUGGCAGAGUCGAGGUGCGAACUGCGUAUCACUGCCGUUCCCCCCACCGUGUGCACAUAAAACACAUUUCCCUGCGCAUAGUUAUUACAUAACCUCCCCACCGAGGCAGGCGCAUUUUCAAUUGCCAAAAAAUGCUGCUCCAGAUGCAAUAAACUGCCACAGAAUGUGUACUGGCCGUGCAUUGGCUGUCAUAUUAUGCAAUCCUAGCCAUGAAACUCGGAUGCAGAGGCGCCAUCAUAUCAAAAUCCCCACACACCACGACGGGGCGGCGGACGUGACGGCAGCGCUGGAGAUUUCGCUUUGAUUUCUGCACUUACUUUUGCAAAAACGCACGGGCGUGUAUGUAACAUUUUGGCGUGCAGCGGCACGAAGCGCCAUGCGUCCACAGAUCGAUGCCAUAGUUCGUUUCGCGAAAAGUUGUGGCUCCUAAAAAUUGAAACACCAAUUCUUUCGUAAUUUUUCACAGCACAGUGUGACCGCGGAUUUAUCGGAAAGAUAUACCGCCAGCGUGACCGCGGAUCUAUCGGUAAAUUAUACCGCCUAACACUCAGAAAUAUACCGGAAAAUACCGUAAAUAUACUGGUGUAGACAGGUGCUGUGAAGCGUUGAAGAAUGCCCGAAGGUUGCCAGAUGGGUGGAUCACGGUGCUGCCUCUUGAACCGCUAGUAGAUGGCGCCUGCAGUUGCCCGGGCAACGAUAAAAUGCAAAACAAACCAAAACCGAAAAUUCGUCUAAUCGGGAAGUAAAAAUGUCUAACAAGCCCAUAAUCUGCUUUGAUACAUCCAAAAAUGAGCGAUUUCAAGUAUCGGACAACUAUAAAAUGCUCCACCGCAAGCUGAAGGCCAACUGGAAUGUGGAACAAAGCGAUGGCGAGCUGCAAAAGGAGCGGCUUUCGCGUGUCAAGAUAUUCGUCCUGGCUGGCCCCCAGGAUCGCUUCACCGAGGACGAGUUCGAAGUGCUCAAACACUACGUGGAGGUGGACGGCGGCAGUCUGUUGGUUCUCCUGGGCGAGGGCGGCGAACAGGAGUUCAACACGAACGUGAAUUUCUUUCUGGAGCAGUACGGCAUCUACAUCAAUGGGGACAAUGUGGUGCGACCGCAUUACUACAAGAAUUUCCAUCCCAAAGAGUGCAUUGUGGGUGGCGGCGUGGUCUGCGAGUCCAUGUGGCGGCACCUCAUCAAACUGGACAUUGAGAAGGUCGACUAUGACUUCAGCGACGAGAAGUACAAGAUACACUUUCAGUAUCCGUACGGCGCCACCCUGAAUGUCUCGGAGCCCGCCAAUGUCCUGCUGACGACGGGGCCCGUGGUGUAUCCCUUCAAUCGGCCACUGGCGGGUUACUAUACCAACGGCAAGGGCGGAAAGAUCCUGGCCCUGGGCUCCGGCUACAUCUGGCACGAUAAGUAUUUGCAGGACAAGACGAACGAUGCCAUGCUGGAGUAUAUACUGAAGCUCCUCGGUGGCGAUGCGAUUAGCUACACCCACUUGGACUUUAACGACGUGGAGCUCAGCGACAACAAACACUUUACGGAUCUGGCCUUCCUGGCGGACAUGCCCAAGGCCUGCCUGAUCGACUCGAUUGGCACCGAGAUGCCCACAGAUUUCAAGCAAAUGUUCGACAUGGAGAUGUGUGCGCUGAGCAACCGCCUGCUGAAGGAUGUCAUCGAUGGGUACGAGCAACUGCACGUGAAAUACGAACCGCUGCGGAUCAUCAAGCCGCAGUUUGAGAUCCCGCUUCCCAGCCUGCAGUUGGCCACAUUUCCGCCCAUAUUUAGCGAGCCGCCCGCCCCACCGCUGGAGCUGUACGAUCUGGAUGAGACGUUCAGUGGGGCGCGCUCCCAGUUGGCGCACAUGACGGGCCAGUGCCUGCAGGCGCUGCAGUCCAAGGAGCCAGCGCGACGCAGCCUCAACCCACGGGAACUGGAGAACUACGUGAAGGAGUGCGCCCGGAUAACGGCCAUUGUGGGGGAGCAGCAAGACAUGCCAGCCCGCGAGAUACUCAACAUUGUGGCCCGACAGAUAGUCAGCUACAGGCCAUAUGCAGAGGAUUAGCCAGGCCAGACCAGACCAGGCCAGGCCAGACCAGGCCAGACCAGACAGCGCUGAUCCGAUUACCCAUCUGCCAUGCCAUCCAGCCAGAGCGGCACAUUCCGCGCAACGACUGCUGCAAUUCGGGCAAAUCAGCAGAAAUUUGUGAAU